AUGUUAAUCACCACAAAACUUCAUGAUAAAUUAGAAGAAAUCAGCAUAUUGGAAUUGAAAGAAGAUUCGGAUAAUGAUAUCAAAGAUCCUGUUAAAAUCUUUGUUAGUCGAACAAAGAACGACUUAAUGUACUUUGAAGAUUCUGACGAAGGAAUCUUGAAGCUUGAGGAAGAAGAAAUAAGUGAA